UGACAAGAAGGCGAAGAACCUCGAAAGCAGAAGAUUCAAAACCACCUGAAAUCCUCUGCCGGUAUUCUCAAUUCUCAUUCCCGAGUGUGCCGAAGUAAAAAAAAUAAAAUGCAAUUCCAUUAAUAAUCCGGGGAAACUUACACUUUGAAGCUCGAUUUGAGAAAUUGAACGAAAAUGGAGAGAGAAAUCGAAGGAACAGUGAGCUCCCCGACGCAGACGGUUAACGACGGUCGUUCAAUCUCACCCAGUAGAGUCCGAAGCGGACCCGACCCGUUCCUGGUGACUUGUAGAUUGUUCAACUUUGUUACUGCCUUGGCUGCUAUUCUCUGCAUUGUUGUUAAUGUUUACUCUGCUGUUCGUUCCUUUAAGCAUGGAUAUGACGUAUUUGAUGGAAUUUUCCGCUGUUAUGCGGUGGUGAUUGCGGUUAUAGUGGUUGUUGCGGAGACCGAAUGGGGAUUUUUCAUCAAGUUCUGGAAGGUGUUGGAGUUUUCAGCUGGAAGGGGCAUGCUACAGAUCUUUGUUGCAGUGAUGACCAGAGCUUAUCCUGAGGAUUAUGGGCAAAGGAAUGGCUUCAUCCUUCUCCGGAACAUAGCUAGCUACUUUCUUCUUACCUGUGGUGCAAUUUGCAUUAUAUCAGGAAUGUUGUGCUUUGGAUUUAUCAAACGUGCUCGUCAGGCGAAAGAAGUAUCCAGGGAGCAAGCAAUUAACGACCUGCAGGAACUGGAGCGUCGUAGAGAAGAGCUUGAAGCUCUGUUGAUACAGGAGAGGGCUUGAGAAAUAGAGCUGUGUAAGGCUACGGCAAACACUGUCAAAAUUGGGGAGAAAGCUUGGAAAGGAGAGCUCAAAUGAACAUUAACGUUUGUAUGUUUUACAUGCCUUGUUACCUAUGUGAGAUUGAAAAUUUUCACUAGAUGUAUUGCAAAAUCUGUACAGUUACAUCGACUAUUUUCCUAACAGCAGUUAUUGUACUAAACCAGGUGUUUGUCUA